GACACCCUAGGUGUUAACCCUAUCAUCAAGGUACUAGGUGCGUCUUGCUAGCUUCAUGUUAUUGAUCGUCACUGUAUUUGUAAAAUUUGUAAAGACUCGGAGAGAAAUUAACUCGGUAUUAUUUUGCUUCCUUGCAUCAGUGUAUUCUAAAUCGUCAUCACAUCUUUGAUCUUUGACUACGCAUUUCAGGAGAGAGAACAUUUUCACGGAAAGUAUCAUUAAAAAAAGUCGAUUUCCAGUGCAGGAUGGCUGGCGUAUGGAAACUGACACGGUCUACGUAGAAAAGACGAGCCCACAGUCCCGUGUACGUAAAUCUGUGUGACUGUCUGGAAAGAGACUAAAGAAUUGUGGCAGAUCCCACCGUCAUUUUUUUGUUUUACUGCUACUUGAGUGAGACUACUUGACUGCAAUUAUGUUGUAUGUUUUUCUUGUGAACACGGGAGAGAUGCUGACACUGGAUAUGGCUCUCACUAUGGAGAGCGUUCAGCAGCUUCAUGAUACUCUGUCAGAUGACUAUCAGAUCCCUCAUGAGAAGCAAGUCUUAUUGAUCAGUGGAGGGCAGAGUUUAGAUCCACAGAUGAGAGUAUGCAGUUACAGUGCUGGCACAGACACUAACCCCAUCUUCCUGUUCAGUAAAGGGACCAUAGAAUCAGCAAAUCCGCCAGUGACUACCAGCAUGUCACAGACGAAGGAAGACAACCUCAAGCUCCAGGUCGAAGGACUCAAGAACCUGCCUCCUAGCUACAGUGCUGUAGUGGCACGCACCCAACUAGCCCUGCAAUUCCAUGAAGUAGCCAAGGAGAAAUUGAGGGUCUGUGAGGGAUUAAUACACAAUCAACAUUUACAACAACAAGGUUGGAUGGCUGUUAUAGCUAACUUGGAUGACAUUACUAGUGCCUUUCAACAAAGAGCACUCGUCUUCCAGCAGAACAUAGCAGACUUCCUCACUGACAGACCCAACUUUCUUCAGCGCCUUGAAGAGUUUGGAGACAUCAUUCACAUCCUUGAGAAGACACCGCUUCUACCUUGCCUCAGGGAGGGUGGUCGGUCUCCAUCCGACCACGAGGGGAGGGAUAUAUCUCUUAUGAUGUGGAUCAGUAGACAGGACCAGAGGAGUACUCUACAACAAAUGGCUGUGCAGUGUAGUAAAGUACUUGACCAGUUUAAUCAACCAGUCCUUGAUGCCUUGGGCAGUGAUAUUAAAUCAUGCUUAGAGGCUGUAAGUAACCCAGGAAUGAAGGAAAUCAAAGGUCUUGGAGAAAGACUAUUUGGUCUAGAGCAGCUGUUAUUACAAGCUCGCAAACUCCUCAAUGAACAGGCUGAAAUGGCUCAGGGGCUCGUUCAGAACCAGACCCGCGCUAGUAAUGUGAAAGACCCCUCAGUGCUACCAGACUUAUGCCUGAGUCACCAGCAGCAGCUAACUGUCAUGUAUAAGAAGCAUCUACAACUCAUAGACAUGAGCAGGAGAUGUGAGAUAGCAAAGGAGGAGCUCUGUCAAAACCUACAUGUGAGAUUAAGAUGGGUAAUGUAUGUAGAGCAGCAGGUCAGCAGUGUGCAUGGUAAGAUGUUGGUAUACCAUGAGAACCUGAAGAGACUACGCAAACGUUUGGAGAUAAUCCGUCAGGUCUGCAUGACGCCAAAGCUCUACGCUUCUGCCGUAGUAGAGGUUUGCAGGAGACGCCAUUACAACACACAGUAUCAAGAGUGGUCUGGGAGGAUUAGUGAGACAUCAGUGUGUGAACAUGCAGAAGAAUUGAAGAGGAGAAAAGAGUUUGCUUCACUAAUGCAUAACCACUUCCUCAAUGCACUCUUCCCUGGGUUCUAUGAACUGCCUCCAACGUUUGCAACCACACCCCCUGGUAACUAUGACAACUCAUUACCUAAUAUCAUGGACAAAGAUAUUCUUCUACUCAGGGAAAAGGUGCCUGAAUUAGCUGAAAGUCUAGAGCUUCCAUCCAAUCAACACUUCUCAUGUGUUACCUCACUACAUACUAAGCAGCUGCCAUCUCGUCCACUCUCGAUAGAGAUUGAAACUCAGACCGAACUCGUUUCCGAGGAACUUUCAUGCCAUCCUCCGCCCUCACCGCCUCCACAGCCUCUUACUGAAAACAACGCUGAAGCUAUCUCUGAUCAAACUUCAAAAGAUAAUGACUCUGAUGGUGCAAUUACACUCGAGGAUGGCAAGGAUCCGAGGGAUAGACCAGGUUUAGAAAGUCAACUCAGCCAGCCAAGGCUGUUAUCUCUUGACAUGAUCCAGACGAACGAUAUUAUUCUGUCUCCAGACACGCCAGAGCUUGACGCAAAGUUUGAGUCCGUUUACAGGGAUGCGCCUUUCUCGUCUCUGCUUCCCGAAGUCGACAGUGAGUUUCAUUCGGCGAUCGGUAGCCCCAUGGAUGAAGGUUUGGUGAAGAAGGCCAAGAUGGAUCAGAUCCUGCCGGUUCUUAGACCCAUGGAGGAGAACCAGACCCUGAAACAACAGCUCCAGGAGAGAGAAAAGAUCCUGGAAGAGCUGGAAGAGAGGAAGAUGGUCCUUGAGAAAAAGCUCAGCGAUUCAGAAUCCAUGAUUGGUGACCUGCAGGAAAGUGUAAGCACUCGGUCGCACCGUCUUGAGGAAUCUGAGAACACCGUUGACUGCCUGAAUGAGGUUGUUCAAGCACAUGUUACGGAGCUUAGAACAAAGUGUGAAAGUAUCAAGAAGUCUGUGGUAGACACCAGGCAACAGAUGAAAAUAGAGGUUCUAGAAGCAGUGGCUAAAAUCACAGAAUAUUCAAACCAGGUCAGCAAAGAUUCUGAGAGAAGACAUGUAAUCGCCAUUCAAAAAGCCAUUGAUCAAACGCAAGCAGGACUGGAAAAAGAGAAGGAGGUGCUAAGCAAACAGAUCUUUGAUCUUAAUGGACAGUUAGAGGUGGCUAAUCAAAAACUGAUGGACCUUGAAUGCAAGGUCAGGGAGAAGGAGAGCAGUUCUGAGAUGCUCAAGUCUAAAUACCAACAAGACCUUGAGGAGGUGAAGACAAAGUUGGAAGAGGAUGAGAAGCAGAUGAUUGCAUCCAUGAAGAUGGAAUUAGAGAUGGAGAUCACAGACUUGGAAGCAAACAUAGAGGAGAAAGAGAAAGAAAUAAGGCAGCUCCAAAUAGAAUCUGUUCAGAGGCAGCAGGAAACGACUGCAAAGCUCCAAGAAGAGAAGCUGCAGGAACUUGAUAACCUGAGGAAGGAAAUGGGGGCAUUCCACAAGAGUGAGUUGAAUAAACAUGAAAUGGCAUUGCACAGCAGACAUGUUGACGAGUUUGCUGACUUUAAGAAAUCCAGUACAUUGCAGACGGAGAGUGAGUUAGAAAAACAGAGAAAGCGUUUGAUGGAGGAGCGCAGUGAAGUCAUUAAAACGAUGAAGAAAGAAGCAGAAGAGAGAUUAAGGACAGCUAGGGAAGAGAUGCAGGCAUCUUGUCAGAAGACACUGGAAGAAGAACAGAAGCAAGGUCUAGAUGCGAUGGAAAAGCAGAAGAAAGAGAUGGAGGAGAGAACCAAAGAAAUUAAUGAUCAAAAGAAGAAGCAUGAGGAAGAGAUGAGGAAAAUAGAAGACGAAUGGAAGGAGAAGUUCCUGAAGGAGUUCCGCGAGUUAGAGGAAUUGAAUGAGAGGAGGAUGGAAGAAGCAAGAAGGCAACAUGAAGUGGAGAUGGAAAGAAGACAGACGGAAGAAACACAAGGUAUUGAGAGGAUAAAAAAGGAGAUGGAGAGCCAAUUUGAGACAAGACUUGCUGAGGUGACAUCCUCAAGAGAUAAACAUGAAGCCAAAGUGCAGAAUCUUCAAGAAGUUCUAUCACAACUCAAGGCGGAAACUUGUCAGAAGGAGGAGGAGCUUAAUGCUAAGUGGGCGGAGUCUAUCGCCGUGGAGAAAAGCAGUUGUGUGGAGGCUGCUGUGGAAGAGGAGAGGAAAGAGGGAGAGAAACGGUUAAGAGCUUUGAGGGAGAGACUGGAGGAGGAGAAACAGGAAGGUAUCAGGAUUGCAGUAGAGAUGGCCAAGUUUGACCAAAGCCAGAAUGAUGCAGAACAGACUGCAUCCAGUUCUUCUACCGAGAGCACAUCUUCAAUGGCUUCCACCAGUCUAUCGGCUAGUCAACAACAGGUGUCUUUCAACAAGGCUAUUGCAAAGGUGGCUGCCACAAAGGAUAAACGUAUUGCAGAACUAGAGGCUAGAGAGAGGGAAUCGAUGGAGGAGCAGCGCAGAUCUAAAGACACUAUUGAGAAGCUAUUGAUGGACAAGACUGACCUUGAUACGGAACUCAGAGCGGCCGUACUCAAGGCUCAAGAAAGGGAAUGGCAGGCCAUCAGGGAGAAAGAGAGACUUGAAGAACAGAUGAGGAAGAGUGGGGAUCUUGCUGCAGGGAACGAAGAUGACAGGGGUAGUCCAGCCGAGAUGGUAGUUUCUACACAAAGUGAUGGUCUGAUGGAGAUUACUGAAACAAGAGACCAACUCAAAGCUCUACUUCAUACCAAAGAACAAGAAUGCAGCACUCUCAAAAGACAACUGAUCCAUAUGAGAACAUCAUCACCUGGUGGUAGGAUGGAGAAAGUAGCAAUCUCAGAUAUCAGUCUUGGAGAUUUGGUGUUCAUCGUUUUUCAAGAAGGACAGGAGAACUACAUGGUGUACAGUCUAGAACCAACCCUGUACUUCCUACACACUGAAUCACUGAGUGCUCUAGGUCUCAGAUCAAAGGGACAAGCUGUAGCAAAGUUCAGUUGGAUCAUUGCUCGUAUUACUGAUAAGGAAUACUGCCAAGCUAAGAAGGCCCAGAAUAGAUUCAAGGUUGCAGUGGGUACCAAGUUCUACCGUGUCAAGGCAAUACGCUACGACCCUAAAGUGGAGCAUGUCCCUCGGAAGUGAUCAAUAUACCUUGUCGGUCUAUUCACUCCAAGAAUCUUAAUACCCUCUCACAGGCAAAAUUUUCCUUAACCCCAUAACAUAGGUGGGGUCAAUUGGCAAGUUAGCCCUAACUAUAUAGCACAGGGUUAAGCUUAGCCCUCUUUCUUUUCUUGUAACCUUUAUGCAAAGUGGGCCUACCCCACUUGAAGUAUGGGAUUGUUUGGUCCUGGAAAAUAUGGUUAGCCGAGCAAAUUUAGCCGGUUAAUUGCCAGGCAGUUGUGGCAUUAAGUUUGGGGUUAAGAGUCAUCAUGAGAGAAGAAGCCUGGCCAAGGCGAGGACGGUGUUUGAUGUAUGCCCUCAGGGCAACUGUGCCAGCACUGUCGUCAGAGAUAAGAGCUCUGGGGAGCGUUUCAUCAAUAUUUUAAUCCGACAAAUUGUCAGAUCUGACAUCUUUCCAUGAUUUUGAUUGGCAGAGAGGCACUGUUCCUAUGGUAACUGUCGGAUAAAAUGGGACUUGUCGGAUAAAACGUCCGACAAGUCCUUUCAUGAAACGCCCCCCCAGGAAUGGUGACUGCUAGUCAAAGAUUAAUUGAUGUAGUGUGAGAAAGGUAAGUAUUUUCUUCGCCGGGUUAGGGGGAACAUUUGGCCUGUGCGAAAAGGAAAAUUUAUAGUACGGGCUUAAUUAAGGAUAAUAUGGAGUGAAAGAUAGUCUAGGUUUAACUCUUUGCUUACUAAGUUUGACUAGAGUCACUUCCAAUAGACUGCCAAGUUCGACUCAAGUCACAAUCUAUACACAAUACACACAGAGUGCAUUAAGUCUAUUGUCCAUACACACAUACACUAUAGAGAUGUGCGAAUCGCACUGUACAGUGUACAGAUAAAAACUUAUCUUAACAAUAAAACCAUUCAAAAGCUAUUGUGAUUUGGAUUAACAUAGUCCAUGCAAACCUCUCUGAGGGUUGCAGCUCAAAAUAAAUGUGGCAAAAGAGGGAUUAUGUCUGUGGUACAUGUAGGCAAAGAGUUAAAAAGAUGCUGUGAGAAUGUAUUAUGUUCCCUGUUGAAGAAGGCCUUUGGGAAUUGAAGAAUCCAGCAUUUUGGUUGAGGGGAUAAACACUGUUUCAUCAGCGUAAACAUUCCUAAGGGUCAUUUCGCAAAGCUUUCUAUAAAUGAUAGUAAUUAGGAGCUUGCUCACCCACUACUUUUGGUAUCACAAGUCAAACUUGCUCUCUAUGAUAAUGCAGCACUAUUACAAUGGCUUGAGUUUCUUUUUACCUCACACAAGUAAAUUGGUUGUAAAAUCUAAAUAAUAUUCCAGUUAAUGUUUGUUCCAAAAAAGGACAAUGACAUUUGAUCCCAUAAUCUUUCUUAUGCUGUAUUUUAUUAAUGCUUUCUUUCAUUCAUUAUGUGAUUUAGCACCUUUCAACGUUUGAUGGAAAUGGUGCUGUAAACUGUAAAAAUGUAAUGACUUGCAUUAUUAUUGUAUAACAAACAUGCAGUCUUUCAUUCUUUAUCAUAUUAACACAAAUGUGAUUAUCUAGAUGUAGAUAACCAUCAGAACAUGUUCAUUACAAAACAUUUUUGAAAAUUCAAUACCAUUAUAUUGGCAUGGUAAAAUUUUCUUGAUUAUUUAAUAAAUCUUAAUCUACAUGUAAAUUUACACCCAAUUUUUCCUAGAUCUUAGAUAUCAGAAAUAAGAGGGGAAAAUACUCUUUGAGUGUAAGGAUAUAGUUUGGGGUAUUUAAGAAACUUAUCAUCACUGAUACUACAACAAUACUACAACUUUAUUUGCUUACAUAGCACUCUCUAUGUUAAUUGUACUCAAAGAUGAAGACAAUUAUGUAGCUAAAGCCCUUUACAUUGUUCAAAUCAAAAUUGAAGAAUAAAUGCCAUUUUCUAAUUAAGACAAUGGCUAAUUUACAAAGUAUUCACAUUCAAAUGCAUUCUACUAGUCAUCAUAUCAUAUACCAACCUUUUUUUUCUGUAAUGAGAAUGGCCGAUCAUGAUUGCUAAGAAACAAAUUCAUUUGAAGCCACUUUCAGUCAUCCUUAUAGCUACUGGACUAACAGUAGGAUAUGUAUGUUAAAAAUAUGUCAGUUGCAGCAACUGUACUUAAGAUGUGCUUAUUGUAUUUGCUUAUAUAUAUAUCUGAAAUAAACUGCUGGAAACUGCCUUGUAACG